AUGACUUCUACAAAUGACGGAAAAGAAGUGAUAAGUAAUCAAACGAAUAGCCAAAAAGGAAAAUCAUAUUAUAUUGCACUUUACAAGUCGCUGGACUCGCGCCUCUGCGGCGAUAGCUCGGGCGUUGCGCGGACGCAAUGUGUUUGCGAGGCCUGGCGGCGUAUUCACAGCCUCUGCAGCCACUGUGCACCAGCAACACACCCCCACUUGCUGUCAUGGCUUCAGCGGCACACUGCUUCCACUGUCCUACAGACGGAAUGGACAAAAUGCGAAGAGCAGCAUGCACUAUUAGCAAAAGCAAUAGAUGCCUUUUUAGAAGACUGCUCCACAGCCAUAUCUAAGCGUAAUGGGGUGGCAAAGUAUUGGGAGCAACAGCUCCAAACUCGUGCUCACUGGUUUAAAUCAAUUUUGCCAAAUCCUUGGGGACAUCCAGUUCUGAAGGCAUUGCUAGAUAGUGAGCAGUCACCAAGUGACGAACAAAUUCUAGAAUGGCUAAAAGAAGAGCGGGGUGUGAUGUUUGUGACGCGGCUGCGUCAGAUGGCCGCGUUAAAAUCUUGUGUCGAUCUCGCGUUACGUCUUGCAACUGCUGUUAUGCAGCGCACGCGUCUUUGUAUACGACGAAUUCCUGAUAUUGAACAAAUUGAGUCGCAAAAGGAACCUGCAGAGCAAGCUUCUGAAGACUCAUUCGCGGGGAUCCUAAACAAUGAGGCAGGCUUCACACCUGAAAUCUGGGAAUUUAUUACUGAUUUAGAGUUUGUUCUAUUGCACAAAGCCACACAGCGGUCUACUUGUAUUGACUUGGCAAAACAAGUGCCAUUUCGUAACGCUUGCCAGUUGGUAGAGCGGCUUCAAAAUCGUCCGAAUAUUUCACCUACAGAGAAAAAACUAUGGAAGAACGCCAAAGAAGUAGCGUUGCUUAUUGCACAGGUGGUAAUAACACGUUGUAUGGUUGUACCUACAUGUCGCGGGGCGGUUUUGCUGGCCCUAUACGGAUGUUCGCGCUCUAUAGUACGACUGAUGACAGAAGAUCAGCUAGGCGCAGCAAGCGUCGCUCUAGCAGCACCGGCUGCCACAGCGCACCAUUUACAUACUAUGGCCGCGGCUGUACACAAACAGUUACAAGGUGAAAGGACCCAGUUCACGUGUCAGCUAUACGUUCGCGCCAUCACCGCCGGCAUGAAUGAGCUGGAAAAACUUAAACUUGACAAAAAUAAGUCUGCUGAGGCGAGGUUUACGGAAAAGACUCUCUCAACUUGGUUCAAGAAUCUCGGGACGCUGGUGUCCCAGAGCAGCCGGCUUAAGUAUGAAUGCGUCUUGACCGCGUUCUCAGUGCACCCCUCGCCUGGAAUGUAUGAGGAGGUCAAGAAUGCCCCUCAUUUGGAACCUAUCAAGGACCUACAAGAACCAAAUCGUGAGUCCACAUCAGAGUUUGGGAGCUGGGCAACUGACAGUCGGACACAGACCAACUUUGUCAAGACCUCUGAGACCUUAAACCUCAAGAAGACACAGAAACAAGCAAAUGUGCUUUCAACUGCCAUAUUCUCUGAGGGAGAAUCAUUAGGGUUGGGAUCAGAAUUGUGCAACGAUUUGGCAGUGCUACUCUCUGGGCCAAGAGUAAAAACUCUUACUUGGGACAUGGAACGGGAGGCACUUUUAGAUAACUGCAAAACUUACAUGAAGAAGACUGACUUUGGUACCCGAGCGCUGUCAACUGAACUCAAGUAUCUCAACCUUGAUCCACGUUCGUUCCAGCAUCUGCCUGAAGAGGACGAAAAUGAAGAUGAUAUAUAUUACGGAAUCGAAAAAGGCUAUGAGCACUUGGUUGAGUUACAAGAUCCAAUCACAGAUACCAUGCCACCUGAAAUUUGGCAAAAUGUAUUUUACGAAAGUCCGUCGCAAAGUAGUGACGAUUCUAUUACUAAACGACCGAAAAAGGAAAGAAAAAAGAAGAAAAAAAAGAUUGUGUCUAAUUUAGCUGAAGAUCCACUUAAACUUGAUAGUCAUAUUGAUGCUAUUACCUGCACGGAGACUUUUGACUUAAAGGUAAGUCAAGAAGAUAAAGACUGCAACGAAGAUACUAAUAAAGAUUAUAAUGAUGUCAAAGUAGAGCCAGAGAUAGCAACUAAAAGAGGCAAAAGAAGCGGAAAAAGGGAGAAGAAAUUAAAAGAUACAGAAAAUGAUUUCUCAAAUGACACAAGCAGACAUGAAUCUAAAAAAGAUAUUGUCAAAAAAACUGCUUUAAGAAAAUUUCUGUCCAUGAAGGUAGCUAGCAAAAAUAGUGAUCUCCGAAGACUAAUUGCAAACACAGAAAGAAUGAUGUUUCCAACGCGAACUGCUGAAAGCAGAGAUAAAAUGUUGACUAGUAACACAUCAGAGAAAGCUGAUGUUGUAAGUAAUAUUCCUGAGAAAUCUGAAGUUGUAUUUGAUGGCGUGUAUUCUUUAGACGACAUGAGUUUCCAAGAAACUCAAAACCCAGGAAUAAGGUUGAAGGAAGAAACUUUGAAAGCUAACAGAUGUUUAACGCAACCGAUUACCACUGAAGAUACAAAAGCAAAACAAAAUAUAGCGUGUGAGGAUUUGAAAAAUAAUAUUAAAAAACUUAUAAGUUUUAGACGCAAUAACUUUAAUACCAUAAAAUCGAAUGCAGAUCAAAAAGUAUCUAGUAUUAAACCAACAAGUGAAAUAAAGUGUCCAUCUGGACAAAACAUCGGAAAUGUAACGCGCUCGUCUAACGACAAAAUCAAUAACAAUCUUCAAAACUGUAGCAUGCCAGUCUCUAAAUUACUAAAUCCGCCUCUUAAAACCAACACACCGACAAGUAUUUACAAAACACCAGGCCAACAAGCCUAUGAAGAAUUUGUGAAGUCUUAUGAAACAAAUUUACGAAACACAACUCGGCCAUCACAGUCAUUUUCUUCUACGGGUGAGCGUCAGUUUCAAGAAUUUCUUAAGAGAUACAACACUGAUUAUUUAUCUGCAAGUGAACCUAUGCAAUCCUUAAAAUAUAAUAAUGCAUCGCAUCAUAGUUUUGAAGAGAGUGGUUUCAAAUAUCAAAUAACGGAUAACAUCUCCAACUGUGGUGUAUCUCAAUCUAACACUCCCUCUGUAUCAAGAGACUUACAUUCAACGAUUGUGAAUGAGCCUACGCAAAGACAUUUUCAAGAAUUCUUAAAAGAACUACAAGAUACUAUAAAUCCAGCAACAACAUCGAAACAAAAAUUUGACAUUAAACACGCUAAUGCAAGUGUUUGUCCCAAAAUUAUCAAGGUGCCUAAAAAGGCAGAAAAUGUACCAAAUACCUUUUCCCGUCUGAGUUAUCUUCAUAAAAACAAGCAUUUCGAAAAAAAAAUAAAACCUGAAGGAGAGAAUAAGACACAAAUAACACCUAAUGUCGGUUGUAAUCUAAACUCAAUGUUACCACUUCACCAUCAACAUAAAGGGCAAAUGCAAUUAAGUAAAAUUAGGAAAAAAAGCAAUGUAACGGAUUUGAUUCUUCAAGGAAAUGAAAAGGCAACAGAUACAUCAGUACCUCAGAAUCACACAAACUUACUUCAGGCAGAUGAUUCGAAUCUUAUUAAGACUGGGUAUAAUGAUAAGAGUUUUCAGAAUGUUACGAAAGCGCAAACAUCAGCCUCUACAAUGUUGUCCGAGAAAGAUCAUACUGAUCUAUUACAGUUACUAAGGCAAAAAAGUAAACUAAAUUGGUCGAAUGCUGUAAUAAAUGCUUUAUCGAAAUCUUGCGUUGCCGAUACAGUGGCCCAACCAACGACACGGGUGAAUACUUCCAAUACUGUUGACAUUCAAACGGCUAAAAUGGAAUCGGCUGUAGCACAAAACAAAAAUGUUUACUGCCAAAACAAUUAUACCAAAAAAAAUAGGGUCAUUGGUCAGAAAGCCCAUAACGCGGAAUCAAACUCAUGUGGUGUAGUUGAUUUCUCUUUAGAGAAACCAAAAACUGAUAACAAGUCAAUCCAAUUAAUGAAAAAUCAGAACAACAAGGCUCUAGAUGUUAAAACAGAUUACGGCUUACUAGUAAAUGCUAAACCUCAACCUUGUGUAAAAGUAAAUUCUGUGCCGAAGAAACAAUGUACAAGUUCUCGCAAAAGCAAAUCAAACCAAAAUAAAAAAAUCGAUAUACCGGGUACAAGAAGCUGGGAAAGUGUUUUUAAUGAUCUUUCUAAACAUAAAACUCCAAAUCGCGGGCCUAGUGCGCUUGAAAUAGCACUUCAGAGAAACAAUGUAGGUAAGGAAAUUAUGCCACAAUCGACACAAAAUAACACAGUUAAAGCAAAUCGACAUAUUGAUUCACACAUUAAUAGUGAUCCUAAUCAAGGAAACCAAUAUAAUAGCAUAGACUUUAGUGCAGAAGUAGGAAACACUUCAAAGGCACAGGAAAAAAUGGAAAAUAAGAACUUUGUAGAAAUACAUCCCGUAGAAAAUGAUCCAUUUAUAUCUGGAAUUCCGAAUUCUGAUUACGAUUUAUUGGAUGAACUUAUGGAUGAUGAUUUACGUCAGGAAAUUGGUGAAUUAUCUGACGAUGACACGUAUGGUCCUAAUAGACCUUAUAUACAAACGGAGAAAGUUAAUAUUGGAAUUUCAGAAAAUUUAAUGCAGAAACAUGCUCCAUCCCAAACAUCUCAAUUAAAAUCCGAAACCAUUGGAAAACAAAAGAUAAAUACUUUUAAUAAAUCAAAAAGCGUGACUCAAACGGAGAAAACUACUGUAGAAGAAAAACCAGUUUCAUCGCAAACAUCUCAAUUAAGAACAGAAACAGUUGAAAAACAAAAGAUGUUUACCUUAACUAACCCAAAAGGCGUUACACAAGCAGAGAAUGUUAAUAUAGGAAAUUCCAUUUUAUCACCAACAUCUCAAUUAAAAGCUGAAACGAUUGGAAAACAAAAAAAUAUUCCUUUGAAUAUACCAAAAAGCAUGAUUAUUAAUAGCAAACCAAAGUCAAUUACAAGCGCACUAAAUAAUCAACCCUCUAUUAUUUCAAAUGACUUGAUUACUACAUCAAAAAUUAACAAAGUUAUAAUUAAAAAAGAACAUACAAAUAACGAAAACUUAACUAACGUUAAUUCGCAGUUAAAGACGGAAUUUAACGAUAGAGUUGUAACACAUACUGAUAAAUUUAAAAAAUUUACUGCAUCGACAACGGCGAAAUCAAAUAAACUUACAUCAUUAUCACAUAAAACUACUAGUUCAGCUGAUUUAUCCAAGGCUGAUGCCUUGCACUUAAAAACUUCGUCAAUUGAGACGCCUCCGCCAAUUUUGUCGACUUCUCACUCUUUAGAUCAACCAACAUAUAAAUCAACAAAAUCUCAAACAAACAGCUUGUUACAAGUUCCAUCACCAGUUUUACAAGCAAAUAAUUUAAAAGACAUGAUUUGGAAACCAAAUGUAAUUACUGCCACGGCUGAAAGUCAUAAUUCAGUACUGAAAAGUUCGGAUUUCCUGUCAAAAACUCUUAAAAGGCAGAGGCCUAGGAUAGUUACAGCAUCAGUUGAAGUACCAAAAAAAUUGAAUAAUCCAAAGAAUACAACCCUAAUCGCCCAAAACACAGUAAUUGUAACGACGACUACUGAAGUCCCGAUAUCACAAGACUUGGCACCACGAAAAGGAAAUUUCGCACAUCACCAGCCUCCUCCACUUCCAAAACAACCCUAUUCUACAAGUUCCUGUAAGCUUACUUAUCCGACCGUAUUAGGAUCUACUGUCAUCAAACCGGUCAUUCCUAAGGAAUUGAGCGUAGAAACGAGACUUGAAAAAAAAGAGGAUUCUACGGUGAAACAAAAUCGACUACUAAUAAAUAAAAGUGUAAUUGUAUCGCAGGCACAAGCUAAAUCUACAAAUGCGAAUGUUAAAGGCAGCCGAGACAAUCACUGUGGUAAUAUGUCACCAUUAAAUAACUGCUUAAUCAAUACUAGUCCAAAAGACAACUCGAACUUGAUGACUAUUAAGAAAUUGUAUCGACCUAAUGACCAAGAAAUAUAUGAGGUGAACCAAAACUUAUCUACAACUACAAAGGAAAACUGUGAAACAUCUAAUGUUUGUCACUUUACAAAUCGUUUAAAAUCUCAAAUUGAAAUUGAACGAAUAAGAAGAAAGCGAUUGUUAUUAUUGAAUAGACCAAUUGAACAGUUCUUAGCCUUAUCGCCAAUUCCAUUGCCCUACAAAUCGUUGAAUGAUAUAAAAACAGCGGAGACAAAGACACAAGAAACAGAAAUUAAAAUCCAGGAGUUUGAAACGUCUUUAGAUAAUAAUGCUGUAAGCGAAUUGACAUCUCCGUUUGUUAUAAAAACUGUGGAAGAGGUAAAGAAAGGCGAAACUAAAAAACAAAUAUUGAAACCUGAAGUUGCCGAUACUUUUAGUGACGCGAUUACAUCAUUAAUCGAAAAUACUACAGAACAAAAAGGAAUAAUUGAAACGUCGACUAUAAAAUCAACUUUAGUUAAAGAUUGUAUGAGUGAUGUAACAACACCGUGCGUCGAAAGUAAAAGAGAAAAUAAUAAUUAUCCCGAAACAAAAUCAAUCACAGUCAAAGAUACUAUUGGUGACGGUACCAAACAAUUGGAUGGAAAUAACAUAGACAGUUCAUUAACAAGUUUACAAAAAUUGUCUAGUGGAAGUAUAUUUAAGGAUAUUGAUAAUAAAGAAACUACUUUAAAAUCUAGAACACCUGUAGAUAGCACGACAUCAACGAUAUUAAAACCUUCAAAUAAUUUGGUUUCCAUAGAUGAAGAUUCUAUUAGUUUUGUCGAAUUGCCAAGAAAACCAAAUGAUGAUCCUACAAAGCGUAAAAUUAGAAUAAAAGCUAAUGGAACAACGCUAACAGCUACCAUAUGUGGUCAUUUAGAUGUUAACAUCGAUUCAAUGUUUUCUGAGCCAGACAUAAGAAAUCUUGUGCUUCGAAAUAGCAUUACUAAAACGCCAUGUACAAUUAAUGUUAAGCAGAGAACAAUUACUGAGAAAACAAAAUCAGAAAAGAAAACUAUUGUAAAUACGAUUUUAUAUCCACCUGAUGUUACAUCCAUGAAACCAGAGGUAAUCGAUCUUGUUUCUGAAGAUGAAUCUGAAGAAAUAGAUGAAGUGGUUUUUAAAACUGAAUUUGGUGAUUUUACGUCGAAAUUUAGGGAAAAUGAUACAUUUCUAAAACAUCAAACCAAAUUAUCUCAAAAAUGUACAGUUAAUAUUACAAGAUGUGAAUAUUUGGAAAAAGUCAUAGCUGAUAAAUCUUUUGGUCACUCUUUAUCAAAAACAUUAGAUAAAGGCUAUCAAAGAAACAAACAUAAUACAGAUGUUAUAGAAGUAAAUGAUAGCUCAAAUGAUUCAAUCACCGAAAUUAGUAAACCUCGCUCUGAAGAGAGUAUUUUAAAAUCUAACUUAAUUACUGAUUUUGAAGUAUUGAGAAGCUCCAUUAUAAAAGGCCUUAAGAAUAAUGAGUUAACUUUUUUUAAAUAA